GGCUGGGGCUGGGGCUGCGACUGCUCGGAGCCAGGCCCGUGGGGCCGCAGGAUGGGCUGAGGCAGCGGCGGCGGCUGCCCUGACCAGAACUAGAAACCAGUCUUGAAAAUGGAGAUGUAUGAAACUCUUGGAAAAGUGGGAGAGGGAAGUUAUGGAACAGUCAUGAAGUGUAAACAUAAGGAUACUGGGCAGAUAGUGGCCAUUAAGAUAUUUUAUGAAAAACCGGAAAAAUCUGUCAACAAAAUUGCAAUGAGAGAAAUAAAGUUUCUAAAGCAAUUUCGUCAUGAAAACCUGGUCAAUCUGAUUGAAGUAUUUAGACAGAAAAAGAAAAUUCAUUUGGUAUUUGAAUUUAUUGAUCACACAGUUUUAGAUGAAUUACAGCAUUAUUGUCAUGGACUUGAGAGUAAACGACUAAGAAAAUAUCUCUUCCAGAUCCUUCGAGCAAUUGAAUAUCUUCACAACAAUAAUAUUAUUCAUCGAGAUAUAAAACCUGAGAAUAUUUUAGUAUCUCAGUCUGGAAUUACUAAACUCUGUGAUUUUGGUUUUGCUCGGACAUUAGCAGCCCCUGGGGACAUUUAUACAGACUAUGUAGCUACCCGCUGGUAUAGAGCUCCUGAGUUAGUAUUAAAAGAUACUACUUAUGGAAAGCCUGUGGACAUUUGGGCUUUAGGCUGCAUGAUCAUUGAGAUGGCCACUGGGAACCCCUAUCUUCCCAGCAGCUCUGACUUGGAUUUGCUCCAUAAAAUUGUGAUAAAAGUAGGCAAUUUGACACCUCACUUGCAGAAUGUUUUUUCCAGGAGUCCCAUUUUUGCUGGGGUAGUUCUUCCUCAAGUUCAGCACCCUAAAAAUGCAAGAAAAAAGUAUCCAAAGCUAAAUGGAUUACUGGCAGACAUAGUCCACGCUUGUUUGCAAAUUGAUCCUGCUGAAAGGGUGUCAUCUACAGAUCUUCUGAACCAUGACUAUUUUACUAGAGAUGGGUUUAUUGAAAGAUUUAUACCAGAACUGAAGGCUAAGUUACUACAAGAAGCAAAAGUCAAUUCAUUCUUAAAGCCCAAAGAGAAUUCUAAAGAAAGUGAACACACUAAAGAAGACAGAAAAACAGCCCAUGGAAAUACAUUGCCAAGUAGUUCAACUAUAGGAAAGGAUGGGGACAAGGACAAAAAGGCCAAGGAGAUAAAAGUCAGAGUUUAUAAAGUAAAAGGAGGGAAAGGAGACAUUUCUGAAAGUAAAAAGAUAGACCAUGAAGGUGGACAUUGCCAACGGGACACUUCGGAAAUUUUUCACACUCUUUCUCAAGAUAGCAAACCUGCAACAACAGAAUCAUCUAUCCCUGAAAAUCUCAACACUGAUUGUAAUAACAUGAAGGAAGAUGCCCAUGCUAGUGGGUGUAUGACCAUGCCACCCAUCAAUCCAAAUAGCAGUAAUUUGACUGCUGCAAAUCCUAACUCACAUUUCACCCACACAAAUACAAGGUGGUCAUCUGAAAAAGCUAAAAAGAGAAGGACUUCCUCACAGUCUCUUAUACAAUCUGUGUCUAACAACAAGCAAGAGGAUGCAGGCCCUGUUCAAAAUCAAACAGAGAAGGGCAUACUUCAUGAGCGAACAGCUCAAAAUGACCAAAUAGCAAAUGGGAACAAAAGGAAACUAAAUCUUUUAAGGAAUGACAAGAAAGAGAUACAUUUCCCAGAGCUGCCUUUCACAAUACAAUCAAAGGAGAUGAAAGGAAUGGAAGUUAAACAGAUAAAGGUGCUGAAGAGGGAACCAAAGAAAACUGAUACAUCUAAAAUACCAACUUUACUUAAUGUGGAUCAAAAUCAGGAAAAACCAGAGAAUACAGGAAUUGCACAAACUAAAAGGAAGAAGAACCUGCCAGAUGUAGAGUAG